GUUCUUUGGUCAUCGUCCUUUGAUCGGAACAAAACAAAACAAAAAUCAAAGCUUUUAUUUUUUUGUUACAAAAAGAUGGCAAUACAAGCGCAGUUGAGUUACAACGCUUCGAACGCGAAUCAAAUCGGGUUUGGUGGGUCUGAGUUUUCUUUGGUUAACAACAACAAUGGCGGAAUCGGAAUCGGUAACGGUCAGUCUUAUUAUCUCAAUCAUCUCCAGUCGCAGAAAGAUUUCAACCAGCAAGCUCUGUUUCAUCAUCAUCAACAACAGUCUCGUCCUCAGAACUUUUUAGCCGCUCAUAUGGAGAAACAGAAACAAGAGAUCGAUCAGUUCAUCAAGAUACAGAACGAGAGGCUGAGGUAUGUGUUGCAAGAACAGAGGAAGCGAGAGAUGGAGAUGAUCUUAAGGAAAAUGGAAAGCAAAGCUUUGGUUUUGAUGAACCAGAAGAAAGAAGAAAUGUCGAAAGCGUUGAGCAAGAACAUGGAACUCGAAGAUCUGCUGAGGAAGAUUGAAACAGAGAAUCAAACGUGGCAGAGAUUGGCUCGUGAGAACGAAGCUAUGGUGCAGACGCUUAACUCAACGCUCGAACAGGUCCGUGAGAGAGCCGCCACGUGUCACGACGCUGGUGCUGCAGAGGUGGACGACGAAGGGUCGUUUUGCGGCGGAGAGGGGGAUAGUUUUCCGGCGGAGAAGAAGAUGAGUAGUGGUAGUAGUAGUUGCUGCAAUUGUGGGUCUAAUGGAGUCACGAGAGUUCUGUUUCUGCCGUGUAGGCAUCUCUGUUGCUGCACAGAUUGUGAGGAAGGGCUUGUUCUUUGUCCUAUCUGUAACACCCCCAAGAAGAACAGAAUCGAAGCCUUUAUUUUCUAGGAUUUUUCUUUGAAAAUUUUCCCGAGAAAGUUUGGUUAGAAACUUAGCAGAAGAAGAAGAAUGUGCCUAGUUUUGUAUUCCGGUGACCGGAGAAUUUUUAACCCCGGGUAGAUGACGUGGCAGGGUAAUUUUUUUGGUUAUUUUCCGGGGGAAAUUUUAGGGGAAAAAAGGGAAAGUAAAAUUAGGCAUUUUAGAAUAGGAAAAAAGGUUAUCAAGAAAGUAAAUUCUAAUUAGGGUUUUCUUUUUGACCUUUUUGUUUUUGUUUUUUGUUUUUUUUUUUGUGGUUUUUCCCCAUCAAUGGAGGAAAAAAGAAAGCCAGCUGGAUUUGAUGAACAUAAUCCAUAUUUUCCUUUAUCUCUAAUGAAUUUUUAUGAAUAUAAAAGCUUAAAUUUGCUAUU